UUGCAUUUGGGUUGGAAAUACCAAUUGGAGAUUGUUGAAGCUUAAAAAGACAAACUACAGGCGAAGCUUCUAGUUCUCGUUAGUGCGUGUUUCAAGGGUUUUGAUUUUUGAAGGUGUGAAGAGAGUCAAGACAAAGAGUGUGCGUGUAGAAGAAGAAGAUGCCGUGCCUAAAUCUGUCAACCAACGUCAACUUGGACGCCAUUGACACGUCCUCCAUCCUCUCCGAAGCAACCUCCGCCGUCGCCAAGCUCAUCGGAAAACCAGAAGCUUAUGUGAUGAUUGUGUUGAAGGGUUCUAUACCCAUAGCUUUUGGAGGCAAUGAGCAACCAGCAGCCUAUGGUGAAUUGGUGUCAAUUGGAGGACUUAAUGCUGAUGUUAACAAAAAGCUGAGUGCUGCAGUUGCAGAAAUUCUCGAGUCAAAAUUGUCUAUUCCCAAGUCAAGAUUCUUCCUCAAAUUCUACGAUUCAAAGGGUCAUCAAAGUCAAGAAAAUGCACAGUGUUUGCAUGCUUUACACCAGUUCUAGAUCAUGGUUCUUUCUUUGGAUGGAAUGGGUCUACCUUCUAAGCUUAUUAGGAAGUUUAUAUGUGACUUGUGACUGAAUUUUCAGAUGCCAAAUUGCCUUCUCAUGUUGAAAUUCGAUGUUAUUUUGGAGUAUUAAUAAAAAAUCUCUAUAAUUACAAUAA